AUGAAAUUGAAUGAGAAGUUUAGAAAUGAGGGAAUGCAAAUAAUUUUUGCUAAAGCAGCAAAGACGUUCAAGAUAUCAAAGUUUCGAUACUAUUGGGGCCAACUAGCCGGAUUCCCAGGAGUCCAGAAAUAUUUGGAAGACAUCGGAUUCGACAAGUGGGCUCGUGCAUAUCAACCUGGAAUGAGGUAUAACCAAAUGACCUCGAAUCUUGCUGAGUCCAUGAAUGCGGUACUUGUUCAUGCUCGUGCUUUGCCAAUAACAGCUCUAUUUGAAAAUUGCCGAGCUCUACUACAACAAUGGCUUUAUGAGAGGCGGACGGCUGCCUCUAGUCGAGGAACAGUUCUUACUGAAUAUGCAGAAAUUAUUCUUAAAAAAGAGGUAGAGCGAGCUCGAUAUCAUCAUGUCAGGCCAAUUGAUCGGUACCGAAUCGAAACCCUCAUACUUGGUUACGCCGAACCCGUGUACCCACUCGGAGAUGAGGAAGAUUGGAUUUUACCGGAUGACUACGUGCCAAAGACGAUUAAGCCACCAAAAUUUGUUCCGCGUGUUGGACGUCGCCAAACUACUAGAAUAUCAUCGGCCGGGGAAGUCCGACAGGUACACAAAUGCGGGCGAUGUGGAAACGUUGGAUACAACCGCAAGACGUGUAGGCAACCGCUCCGAACAGAAUGA